AUGGAAAGAGCAUUAGAAUAUUUCAUCUUAAUCCCCCGAGUGAACCCUCCAGCAACAUAUCAGGGUCGCUUCAUGAGACUUCACUACAUAAUCCUGCGGCCUACGAUGCGCUAUCAUAUGAGUGGGGAGCGCCAGAACCCAAAUUCUCCAUAG